CUUCCGUGUAGAAAUCAAUGACGCGCUUUAUGGAUACUCCAUGCGACUUUAUGGACAAGUUACCUUCUACUAAACACAGAUUUCAUAUACGUUGUACACGCGCAGAUUACAGACAAUGGGAGGGAAGAAUAAACAGAGGACAAAAGGAAACGUUCGGCCGUCGAGUAGUGGCAGAGCCGCUGAACUCCUGGCGCGGGAGAGUGGAGUAGUUCCAGGGUUUGUUGGUUUCGGAGUUUCCGCAUCAAAUGACCCGGGUUAUGUACCAGCUGUCCAUGGUGCUGAGGAAAUAGACAACCUUGUUGAUGCCGACUUCCGACUGGUUUUACGGAAGUUGUCAAAAAGAGAUGCUGUCACAAAAUUAAAGGCUGUUCAGGAAUUUGCCGCAAUGUGUCAAGAAAGAGAACCAGAUGUGGUUAAAGGUGUGCUUCCAUACUGGCCACGAAUAUACUGCAAGAUAUCAGUGGACCAUGACCGACGCGUCCGUGAAGCCACGCAGCAGGCGUUUGAACAGCUCAUUCUGAAGGUGAGGAGGAACCUCGCCCCAUAUCUCAAGAGCAUCAUGGGUCACUGGCUGAUCGCCCAGUGUGACACGUACACCCCGGCUUCCUCGUCGGCCAGCACGGCAUUCCAGGCAGCGUUCCCCCUCAACAAACAACCCGGGGCGCUCAGCUUCUGCCGGGACGAGAUCCUCUCCGUCAUUCAGGAAACCCUAUUGAAGGAAACCGCAGACACUUUAAGUGAUCCUCAGAACGUGCCAGAGGAGGAGAGAGAGGCCAAGUACGUGCGUCUGCUGACCAGCUCCCUGCUAGCCCUCAAACGGCUCCUCAUACAACUGCCCCCACCUGACCGGGAGGCCCUCAGCGAGCGGCUGGCACAGCUCCUGGCCCAGGGAAAGUUCUGGAAGUACAGCAAACACAAGACCCCACAGGUCCGAGGGGCGUUCUUUGAGGUGGUGGCGUGUCUGUGUGAGCUCGUGCCCUCGCUGGCGCAGGCUGAGAGCCCGCGGGUCUGCUCCUCUGUCCUCCUCAGCAUCGACGACACCGAACCCCUGGUGCUGCCCGCUCUCUGGGCCGCCGUGCUGCACGUGGUCUCUGGCAUCACGGACUGCUGGACGCAUGUGAACGCCAGGAAAGGCAUGAUGCCCAAACUGUGGGUGCUGCUGAAAGAGGGGGGGAAAGGCUUGGCCACGGCCCUGCACCCCAACAUGCUGCCGUUCAUCAGCAAGCUGCCCGAGGAGAUCACCACACCCGUUCUGGACUUCUACACCACCUUCUUCACCAACGUCAUCCUCGGUCUGUCUAGCGAACGCGCCGUGUCCAGUCCCUCUGAGAGCGGCGCCAUCAUCGUUGCCACAGUGGAGUGCCUGCGUUACUGCCUGAUGCAGCACGCGGGCGACGACCCGCAGCAGAGGAGUGUUCAGAGCAUGCUCAUCAGCGAACAGCUGCUGCCACUGAUUGACCGGGCGCUGGAGAGCACGGCCCUUCAGACGGGCCCCUUGUUCCCUCAGGCGGCGGACAUGCUCCUCUCCUGGGAGAAGAGGGCCGAGCCCGCGGGCACACACGACCCAGCAGCGGGCACCGAUGCCACCUUCCAGAGGGCACUGGCGGACUUCUGGGAGGGCCUGGGCCGCCUGUGCCUGCGACACGUGGACAGCGAGGACCCCGAGCAGAACUCUCUGGAGGGCAUCGCCGCCCUGCUCCGGGUCAUCCAGAACCCUGAGUCCGGAUCCUGGAGGCAGGCCAAGAGGAAGAAGAAGAGCGUGAAGAUCUCCUUCUCCAGCCUGGAGGGGAAGGAGCCAGGGGAGGGAGAGGAGGUGGAGGUCCCUCAGGUGGUGGCAGUGGUGGCGGCGGCUCAGGAGCCCCAGCCAAAGGAGGCCGUGACUGUGCCGGCAGCGGCCGCCGGGUUGCCCACGCUGAGGAGCGGGCACCUGGUGGAGCUGGUGUGCCAGCUGGCGGAGGUGAACAUGGUGCACGUGACGGAGCGCGGCUCGGAGCGCCACCUCCGCUUCCUGUCCAUGCUGCUGCAGUCGUUCGCCACGCAGCAGGUCUUCCGGGUGCUGCUGCAGUCCGGUGAGAAGGGCACGGAGACGGAGCCGGAGGGGAAGGACCUGGGCCUGGGGGACGUGGCGCUCGCCCGGAACCCUGCCGUGCGUUUCCUCCUCCUGAGGGUGGUGGACUGGCUGCGACAGGAAGACAGGAGGGACACGGACUUCCUGGUGGACAUGGUGUUCAGUGCCCUGCAGUGCUGCAGCACCAGAGAUGAGAAGACGCGCAUCCUCAAUCACAUCACCACGAUGAACCUGGAGUGGGGGAUCCUCCUACAAAUCAUCCAGAAGGCCUCUGCUGAUGCGGUGUGUAUUGCGGAGUACCGCGGCUGGCUGAAGGGCUGUGUGUUGGGCGAGUGUUUGAUGGGUCUGGCCACCGUGCUGUGUGAGAGGGGUCUGCGUGGAUCGUCUUCCUCCUCCUCCUCAGCCUCACACACACACAGCUGGGCACUCAUCAGCCAGGUCCUGUCUCACCAGCACAACAAUGAGACCCUUAUCGGGAAAGAGUAUGUUGAGAAGAUCAUCGAUAAGCUCCACGCCACCCUCUCCGAGGCCAAGGGCAUGUCCGACGCGGGCAACAUGGAGCCCCUGGUGUCGUUCAUCUCGGACGUGGCAGCCAACUUCUUCUCAUCGGUGAAGGGCUGUCUGCUGCUGUCGUCGGCUGAGGAGCUGCUGCUCACCGUCUUCCAGCUGUGCGCCCAGGACCAGAGCCUCACCUGUCUCUCAGACCCCCUCCUCCAGAAGCUGAAGCAGGCCUGCUGUGCUGGUGUGCGCUCCCUGGUGAACCUCCUGGACUCUGAGGUGGUGGAGGGCACCUUCCUGCACAGCGUGGCUCUGUGGGUGAAGAACCAACUCAUCAGCUCCUCGCUGGGGGUGAAAAGUCUCCAGAUUCUGGUCCAGGCGGUGCAGAGCCUGGUGGAGACGCUGUGCUCGGCCAAGCAGAAUGGGCGCUCCCUCUUACCCAACUUCCUCCUCUGCUUGAGCCUCUCUGACGAGGAGUGGAGGAAGACCAGGCAGGCCCUUCCCCCACAGUGGGUGAAGAGUUCCCUCCUCUCCGGGAGACUGCGGGCGUCGUGUGCCUACCCCUGCAUGGACGCCUGGAAGUUCCGCUCGUGCGCCCGCCUCCCCGCACACCUGUGUGCCUCCGCCCUGCUGGCCCAGGUCAUCUGCACGGCGGCCGAGGCCACAGCCGGCGACGACGCUCUGGAACUGCCGCCGCUUAAACACACCGUUGCCGAAAUCCUGUAUGCCUUCCAGUGGUGUUCUGAGAUGGAAUACUCUCCCGCCAUUGUGGCCGACUUCCACAAAAUGCUUCAAGAGUGGAACCUCAUCACGAGAGUCCACAACAUAAGCUCUCACCUAUUACAGACACUGUUCACAAGGUCUCUGACUGAAGGGUCCCUGUGGGCUCUGACGACCUCUAGCUACAUCCACACUGGAGAGAUGACCCCUGGCGACAUCAAAGGCCUGUAUGGGAAUGUGGAGAGCUUCUUCCCUCUCACAGAGAAGAGUGUGAACACACUGCAGGUGUUGUGUCCAUCCCUGCCCAGAGACGAGCGAGAGACCCUGACCGCUCUGGCCAUCGCUGAGCUACUCAACUGGCAGGAGAUCAACCACAAUGUCUCCUCAUACCUAGCAGUGCUGCACUGCUGCCUGAGGGCCGACACUCCCGUGGAGGACGAUGUGCUGCUGGCGGCCCUGGCCUCCAUGAUGGAGUGGCGGAACAGCAAAGAGGAGUGGUUCCUCUUCAACAGUGACCUGGGCAAAGUGUCUGCUGACGACCUCUGUUUGGCGGUGGAGAUGAUGCGUUUCCUGUCCUGGGUGCUGACACAUUCCCCCGCUGUCCUCGGGGAGGCCCAGUGGGACUUCCUGCUCUGCUCCGUGCUGGCCUGGUUAGAGACAGCCAGUGAGAACACUACUGCCUUCUGGAACCCCUGGGUGCAGCUGUUUGCGUGCGAGACGUGUGAACUGAUCGUGCGGCUCGGCGAGUUCUUCACAGCACCCCCUGCUGGCGUGGUGGAGCAGCUGCCUCCGGAGCUGUGCACCGAGUGGCAGGAGUUCUUCUCCGAGGGCAUCAACAGCCUGCUCCUGCCCCUGCUCGUCAAAAUCCCUGACCACUUCAGGGAGCCGGACGACCCUCUGUUCCCGCUGCCGGUGCUGCGUGCGGUGGGUGCGGCCCUCACACACAUCCCCGCGCAGCAGCUGGUGAAGAACAGGCUCCCGGCGCGGCUGGUGGCGGGCCAGCGCAGCAACCUGCCUGACGCGCUGCAGACGCUCCUCAACACGCUCACCCCGCUGCUGCUGUUCAAGGCCCGACCGCUGCAGCUCAGCGUCUACCACAUGCUCAACAAAGUGAUGCCCCAGCUUCCUGAGAGUGACAGUGAAAGUGACAACAGCAAGUCGGAAGAGGACGACGGGGAAGAGCCAAGUCUGUCACCCCCAGCAGCUCUGAUGACCAUCCUGACGGCCACUGAGGAGCUGCUGGAGAACAUCCUGGGCGGCGUGCAGGUGGGCGAGUUCGCCGUGGUGCAGCCGCUCAGCGUGGAGCACUGCUGCAUUCUGGGAUACCUGCUGGCCUGGAAGCUCCUCUUGACCUUCUUCAAGGCCUCUCCCUCCAAUCUGCGUGUUCAGUACUCGCAGUACCUGAAGAAGAGCCGCUCGCUACAUCAGCUGCUGCUUCACCUGUUCCGCCUUAUGCCAGAGAACCCAUAUCUCCCAGGAAACGGAAACGAGGGCUGCAGCAAAGAGGCCAAAACCUUCUUCACCGAGCCCCUGUCUCUCUCAGUGCGCAUCUCAGAGGCAGACUCCCUGCGGUGGGAGGUGCCCCACCUGGCCUGCUCCAUGUACUACGGGGCCCUGAAGGACCUGCCUGCGAUGGUGCGCCUGUGGUGGAACAGCCAGGAGAAGCGCGUCUUCAGCGCCGUGGACAAGUUCACCAGCCGCUACGUGAGCAGCGUGCUGUCGGCGCAAGAGAUCGCCUCCGUGCACGCCAGCACUCAGACCUUCGACAGCAUGGCGGUGAAGGCGCGCACCACCACUAGGGAGGUGAUUGCCACGUACUCCGUGGAUGACAUCUUCAUCGAGCUGGUGAUCCAGCUGCCCCAUAACUACCCGCUGGGCUCCAUCUCCGUGGAGAGCGGUCGCCGGGUGGGGGUUGCCGUGCAACAGUGGAGGAACUGGAUGCUCCAACUCAGCACCUACCUAACACAUCAGAACGGGAGCAUCAUGGAGGGCCUGGCCCUGUGGAAGAACAAUGUGGACAAGCGCUUCGAGGGCGUGGAGGACUGCAUGAUCUGCUUCUCCGUCAUCCACGGCUCCAACUACUCGCUGCCAAAGAAAGCCUGCCGCACCUGCAAGAAGAAGUUCCACUCCGCCUGCCUGUAUAAAUGGUUCACUUCCAGCAAUAAGUCCACGUGCCCACUGUGCAGGGAGACCUUCUUCUAGUUCCUGUCAUUUUGGAGUCACCCCGAAGGAACUGUAUACUUUUGGACACACAGACGGAGAAAGAGAGGGAGGGAGAAGGAGAGGGAGAAGGAGAGAGAACUGACUUGAGGUACCACAGAACUAUGGCCCCCACGGGUCCUCCUAGGGUCUCUCAUCUCCUUCCCCGUCGUCAGGGCAACAGCAUGGCUCAGAGGGUGUUCUGGGUCGGUUCCACGUCAGCUGAGAGGAACUGCACAGAACACCCGGUGAACUUGUUCAGAUGUUGUCAUGGCAACAGCUUUUUGCUGGCGCUGACAUAAUGUGACUUGUUCAAAGGAAGUAUUAAUACAAAAUAAAAAAGUUUUUAUUUGGUUUUGUUUCAAAGCCAGGGCGCAGAAUGGACGGCUGAGGUGUGUAUAGCUAUGUAAUGGGUUACUGUUUUUAAUUCAAUCAUGAAUCCAAAUAAAAGUGAUGAUAAUCUUAAUGCCGUCUUUAUUUACCUCACAGAUAGACAGUGCCACUCACUUUCAUGUCUCACUGUUCAGUUCAGUUCAGUUAUCACAAGCUCCAUGACGAUAGAAAGCCCCGAACCUCCUGUUUGAAACCCCUCAUGUGCAGCAUCACACAGACUUUUCCAGUGUGACUCAGGAUGAGCAGGUUUCUGAAUUCAAGAGCUUCGGACAGGGAGCAAUGACCUGCAUGGAAGAUAAUGGGAUCAGAUCCAAGUUUCUACCAUAAAAAACUUUUUUUUUAGACUUUAUUGUUUUGUUUAUGGUUAUAUUUUUGUUAUUGGUUGUUCUCUGUUUUAUGGCAUUAAAUGACAACAUGCUGUAUGUA